ACCGGCUUUAAAACUAAUCAGUUACUCAAACUCUUUCUUUUAAUAAAUAUGGCCGAAGAAAUACAAAAGAAACUACAAAAAGAGUUAGAAACCUUCAACGGUGUGCAAAAAGAAUAUCAUAAGGCAGUGGCCCAGAAGCAGCAAUUAGAUAGUCAGUUGAAUGAAAAUAAAGCUGUAAAAGAGGAGCUGUUGUUGUUGAAGAAAGAUGCAGAGGUGUUUAAGCUCAUAGGGCCAGUUUUAGUGAAGCAGGACUUGGAAGAAGCGAGACAAAACGUCACAAAACGAAUGGAGUUCAUCAACAAAGAAAUUAAACGAACAGAUGAUCACAUCUCCGCGUUAGAAAACAAACAAGAAGCUUUACAAGAGAACCUCAAUAAACUAAAGAAUGAUCUUGGCAAAUUGAAGUUAAAAGCUUAAUUGUGUUUUGUACUGCAUAGCUCUUAAAUCUUUAAAUGCAUAACGCUAAACUUAUUGUAUUUUUAUUUAACUAAUAAACA